CAGCCAAUCCUUCACUUCAGUCGAAAAAUUAUACCUCCCCAGCAUGAUAUUCGGAAUUACAAAGCGCCAUCCUGAUUGGCUUGUGCAUUAAGUAAUUGUAUGCGCAUACUUAGUUAUGCUCCUGCUUGCCUCCAUCCUCCAUUAUCUGCCACUUCCACUCACCCCAUCACAUUUUCAAAGAGCUGAUCUCGAUUGGGUUAUCAGCUCGACAUCAUACCUUUAAGCACGCGAAUUCCAUUGGCAGGUCCGCUCUCGGUUGUUGACGUGUCUUGCCCCGCCAUGUCCACUGAAGAUCUCGGCGGUCAUCUGCACGGUAGAUGGGAAGGCCAUGAUAACCGUAAAUGGAAGGUUAUGAAUUAUGCUUACGAAGCUCGAAUCAUCGAAGUGCAAGGGCCAUCUCGGUUACUCUGUAAACUGUAGUAUGGCAUCCAUCGGUAACGGUUUGCCGUUCUCACAACGACUUGGCCGCAUUGGUUCCCAUCUACCUGCCGGGUGUUCGAGUGUUCCACAAUGCCAAAAUACGAACCAGAAUUUGUGGUCAGGUCAUUGUUGACUAGUAGUCAUCGUGCCUGUCUGCCUGUUUUACGGCUCUUGUUAGUCCAUGUAAAAUAAACAACAUGUAGGCAUAGAUGCGUAGGCAUGGUGUAGGGGCAGAGUGCGGGGAAGAUCGACACUAAACAGUUUCAAACUAUCUCUUCCAUCAAAUUUCCAUAUCGUGCUUACUCGCCCCUCUGAUUAGAUCUACCGGGUACUCCAUACAGCUAAAUAUUGUAAGGCCAGCAGGGGCAUCGCAGCUACCCCUGGUCUGUGCAGGUCAAACCGCUGUCACACAUCACGAAUCCCAAGGAUGGCUUCCCCGCAUUCCACGGCAGAGGGCACGUGGAGUAUGGAGGAUUCCGCUAUGACAGGAAAGAGAUGUAAUAGCUUGGAAAGAACUCCGCAGUUGAUAGAUUCUCUGGUGUAUCGGGGCGUCAAAACAUUAGC